GUGCAUUUUUUUUUAAUGCAUAUAGAUAUGUGCAGCAAGGAUAGAAUAGAAACAUAAGUUUCAAGUUCCCAACAGUUUCAUCCAUGCCAUGGAAUUCCACUCUUCCUUCCUCGUUAUUACCACAAUCUUCUUGUUCCUGCUUUGGCUUGCAAAGACUUACAAGCAAGCAAAAAGUGUGGUUCAUAAGCAUAAGCAUAAGCUACCCCCAGGUCCAUGGAAGCUUCCUCUAAUAGGGAACCUUCAUCAAGUAGCAGGUGCAGGCACACUUCCACACCACACCCUUCAAAAUCUGGCCUUAAAAUAUGGACCUCUAAUGCACCUUCAACUGGGUGAAAUUUCUGCAGUGGUUGUGUCAUCCCCUGACAUGGCCAAAGAGAUUAUGAAGACACAUGAUCUUAAUUUUGUGCAGAGGCCACAACUCCUUUGUCCCCAAAUCCUAGCCUAUGAAUCAACAGAUAUUGCCUUUUCUCCAUACGGUGAUUACUGGAGACAGAUGAGGAAAAUAUGCACACUAGAACUUUUCAGUGCCAAAAGGGUUCAAUCAUUUUCCUUCAUUCGGGAAGAUGAGGUGGCUAAGCUCAUAAAAUCCAUUCAAGUAUGUGCAUCUGAAGCUUCACAAGUCAACGUUUCCAAAAGCGUUUUCUCUUUGGUAAGUAGUAUUGUUUCAAGGGCAGCUUUGGGUAAAAAAUGUGAGCAUCAAGAUCAACUUUUGGGUUUGCUCAAGAAAGGAGUGGAACUCUCGGGAGGGUUUGAUCUCGCUGAUUUGUUCCCUUCGGUGAAGCCUAUUCAUCUCAUAACUGGGAUAAAAGCUAAGUUGGAGGACAUGCACAAAGAGCUUGACAACAUUUUACAAAACAUUAUCAGCGACCAUCAAACAAACUCAAACCAUGGAAAGCCUGAAGCAGAAGAAGAUCUCGUUGAUGUUCUCUUACGCGUGCAACAAAGUGCCAACCUUCAAAUCCCACUCACAAUCAACAACAUCAAAGCCAUCAUAUGGGCGGACGUAUUUGGGGCUGGGAGUGAUACCUCAGCAACAGUACUAGAGUGGGUUAUGUCAGAGCUGAUGAGAAACCCAAGAGUGAUGAAAAAGUUACAGGCUGAAAUAAGAGAAGCUUUGGGGGGAAAGAAAACAAUUGGCGAGAGUGAUAUACAUGAAUUUGGGUACAUGAAGUCAGUGAUAAAAGAAAUCAUGAGGUUAUAUCCACCUGCGCCUCUGUUGCUGCCAAGAGAAUGCAGGGAAGCCUGUAAGAUAGGUGGAUAUGAAAUACCUGUAAAGACUAAAGUGAUAGUAAAUGCAUGGGCACUUGGGAGAGACCCAAAGUAUUGGAAUGAUGCAGACAAGUUUGUACCUGAGAGGUUUCAUGGCACAAAUUAUGAUUUUAAAGGGAGUAAUUUUGAGUACAUCCCUUUUGGGGCAGGGAGGAGAAUGUGUCCUGGUUAUUUACUUGGCUUGGCUAAUAUUGAGCUUCCUUUAGCUGCAUUGCUCUAUCACUUUGACUGGGAACUUCCCAAUGGAAUCAAACCAGAGGACUUGGAUAUGACUCAAACCUUUGGAGCUACUGUGGGAAGGAAAAACAACCUAUAUUUGCUACCCAUUCCUUAUCAUGCCAUUUCCAAUUCACCCUCUUAGUUAUUUCUCUUUAUUUCCCUCUACUCACUUUCUCUAAUUAAUAACUCAUAAAGUA